UUUGUUUUGGCUGCGGGUCCGUGACACAAGUUUACCAAGAGGUCCUGCGAUGAUGAAUAUCUGAAAGAAUACUUUGUUGUAGUGUAAUUCCACAAUGAGUUUUACAAGUGACGAAGUGAAUUUCCUGGUAUAUAGAUACCUACAGGAAUCAGGAUUCUACCAUGCAGCGUACGUAUUUGGUAUCGAGUCUCACAUAUCACAGUCGAAUAUCAACGGCGCCCUGGUUCCACCUGCAGCUCUCCUCAGUAUAAUACAGAAGGGAUUACAGUACACAGAGGCAGAAAUUAGUAUAGGGGAGGAUGGCUCCGAGAGACUCAUUGACAGCCUCUCCCUCAUUGAUGCGGUGAUGCCAGAUGUCGUUGCCUCCAGACAACAGCAAAACCAACAACAAAAAGCUGUAGUCAAAACAGAAAUUCCCAGCACCAACGGGGAUGAAGGGACCACAGGAGAAAACAUGGAUGUUGACAACAGCGUGGAGAUCCCCCUCAACAAGGCAACAAUAUUGAGAGGUCAUGAAUCGGAAGUGUUCAUCUGUGCCUGGAAUCCAACCACAGACCUCUUGGCCUCAGGAUCAGGAGACAGCACGGCUCGCAUUUGGAACAUGAACGAUAACAGUACUUCUCCCAAUCAGCUGGUCCUCCGUCACUGCAUUCAGAAAGGAGGCACUGAAGUUCCCAGCAAUAAGGAUGUUACCUCCCUUGAUUGGAAUUGUGACGGAAAUCUCUUAGCAACUGGAUCAUAUGAUGGCUAUGCAAGAAUCUGGAUGACGGAUGGACGGUUAGCAUCCACUCUCGGCCAGCAUAAAGGACCCAUCUUCGCGCUAAAGUGGAACAAGAAGGGCAACUAUAUUUUAAGUGCAGGUGUAGAUAAGACCACUAUCAUUUGGGACGCUUCCUCAGGGCAUUGUACACAACAAUUUGCCUUCCAUUCAGCUCCAGCUCUUGAUGUGGACUGGCAGAGCAACAAUUCCUUUGCAAGUUGUUCGACUGACCAGUGCAUCCAUGUGUGUCAGCUGGGCGAGAACAGACCUAUCAAAUCAUUCCAAGGGCAUACAAAUGAGGUUAAUGCCAUCAAAUGGGACCCACAGGGGAAUCUUCUGGCUUCCUGUUCAGACGACAUGACUCUAAAGGUAAGGGCGAUUCCCUUUUUCAGUCUCAGUAUAAGGACUGAGAAAACUUAUAUAUGUUAUUGUAGUGAAUCUGGAGAGUCUUGUGUUAACAUCCACUGUGCUUUACAUUUCAGUGCGUCAUUUGACUCAACGGUUCGACUAUGGGACGUAGAGCGUGGUGCCUGUAUACAUACCUUGACAAAACACUCAGAACCUGUAUAUUCUGUGGCCUUCUCUCCAGAUGGAAAAUUCUUAGCAUCUGGAAGCUUCGACAAAUGUGUCCAUAUUUGGUCUACGCAAACUGGGCAGCUGGUUCACAGCUACAAAGGCACAGGCGGAAUCUUUGAAGUGUGCUGGAAUUCUCGAGGAGACAAAGUGGGAGCUUCGGCCUCUGAUGGAAGUGUUUUUGUUUUGGAUCUGCGCAAGUAGUAGAAGGCAGUUAAGACUGAGAUGUGUGGUGAACUGUUAAGUUGAUGUGAAUGGGACAGACUUAUUGAAGAACAGAAUGGAAAUGAGGGUAGGACGCAAAAAGUGCUGUUAAGGAAAAACUGAGAAUAUGGAUAAUAAUUGCAGCUUAGAAAAUGCUUCAGAAGAGAAGGGGAAAAAGGAAGAAAAAGAGACAGAGAGAAAGAGGAGAGAUUGCUGGAGUUUCCUUGUUUUCAUUGAUUCUUAUACAAAAGAUGAUUCUCUAUGUUAAAUGAACAAAAUAAUGUUGUGCAUAGUGUGAGUUUACUUAAAGGGUAUAAUUUUGAAAACGGAAAAAAUGGUGAUGUCGGAGGAAAAGAAGAGUUUAAAGCGAGAAACGAAGUAAUGAAAGAGUCGUGUUCAUACAUGCGUAAGGGGACGUUCCGAAGCCUCUUUUGUUCUUGUGAGUUUGUUUGAGACGUACUUGGGUGCACUGUUUUCAAGUGGCAUUGUGACUUUUUAUUGCAUGACAGGUGAAAAUGGUAGAUACCACCAUCUUAUUAUGUAAUUUUUUUUUUUUUUCCCCCACUUUUUUUUUAUUAUUAUUUUUUUUUUUUUUUGUGCAUCAUUCACAUUCUCUUCAGAUACAUUGUUUUUCCUCAAGAUUAUGGCAUAUGCAGAAUUUGUGCAAUUUUUUAGUGUAAUUAUUUUUUCACAAUUUUCCAAUUUUAAAAAAUAUAUUGAAGCCCAGUAAGCAACAACAGGGGAAAAAAGGUUGCUCAUGACUGCCAGAAGCAGAGAUGGUUUGCGCAUUAGGCCAAGGGGAUGAAGGUGCUGAGGUACCGGUAACAUGGUAGAGGGAUGUAGGGUGAGUAGGGCUUUCCUUGUUUGUCUUUGUUUGUCUAUUUAUUAUUUUCUUCUUUUCCUUACAACACUGUCAACUUCUGGCUCUCACAAGUUCAGGGAUUUAGCAUCAAAAGUUAUAAAAAAAAAAAAAUCAACAGAUUAUUUUUAUUUUUAUUUUUAUUUUGGGUCACUGUGACAGGAACCUCAGCAUUGAAAUCACUUGGCCUCGUACUUUUGUUCAGAUCUUGCUCAGAGGGUAGGCGGAAAUGUGGUUUGUUAGUACCUGUAUAUCAGCUUUUGGAUUUGGAGGAAGGGUUUUUUUUCUUUCAUUCUUUAUCCCUUGAUUUUACAUUUACACUUACGGUCUGACCAGGGAGUCUCAUACUUGAUUUGAAGUGAAAUAGUUGUUGUAUAUGUUGUGUAAUAUCUAUAGUUCUUGGGUGUUAUUUUUCCAGUUUAUCAAUAUGUUUGUGAAAGUAACAUAAGACUGGAAACCUGUGUUCCAUUAAUUGAUAUAUGUAAGCGUUAUCCAUUACUUCAGACAUGGUUUCAGCAUUGAAUAUUCCAAGUGGUGUGAUCCCAUUAAUAUCAACUUAGGCUAGUGUGAAUGCCAACUGUUGCAGGUGGAUGGACGAGAUAGCCAACCUUCAGACAGCAAGUCAAAGUGACCUCAUAAACCAGAGUUUCAGCCAGUUACAAAAUGUCCACUUUUUUUCAGUUUUGAAUGGAAGUUCCCCCUUGAAGUUAAUAAGUUUUAGGAGCUCGUAUUUCAAGACUCUGUCACAAAUAUAAGUAUAAUUUGCCUUGUUCUUUUCUAGGCUAGUAUAUACUAACUUUGUACCUACAGUGAUUUUAGAAUGAAGCUGAAAAUAUGGUAAAUAUUUCAUUUUUAUUACAACCUCUUAGUGAAAAGUGCGUCUCUGUCAGCAGCAUGAACGAAGUGGAAUCCUUUUUGAUGACAGUUUUCAUUAUUUUAAUGAAAGACAUGUCACCAGACACAAUUUUCCCAGUGUUUCAAUUUAUAUUUAAGAAUAAACCACUAGUUCUUUUUA